AUGGAAAGGAACAACAAUGGAGCACAAGCAGCAAAUCCAGCCUGUGCUGCUUGCAAACAUCAAAGGAAGAAGUGCACGGAGUCGUGCAUAUUGGCGCCUUAUUUUCCUGCUAACAGAAGUAGGGAAUUUCAAGCGGUGCAUAAAGUGUUUGGUGUUAGCAACGUGACAAAGAUCCUCAAAAAUCUCAUGGAGGAAGACCGGAAAGCAGCAGUGGAAUCGAUGGUGUGGGAAGCUUCUUGUAGACAAAAAGAUCCAGUUUUGGGUCCUUAUGGAGAAUAUACAAGGCUUUUUGAUGAACUUAAGAAUUACAAAAGCCAAUUACCUGGAGGAGGUAUAGGAUAUAAAGUUGUUGAGCCGAAUUUGAUGGUAUGGAGUGGGACUAAUAGGAUACACGAUAAGGGGAUGGCUAAUGGUGGAGAAGUUGUUGGUAACACAUUGAAUUAUAACAACAUUCCUGAUAAUGGGAAUGGUAUGGUUGAUUCUAACCUAUAUGGUUAUUCUUUAGAUUACGAAGAUAAAGUAAUUAGAGAAGCAACUGUUGCUUCAGGAGGUGUUCCAUUGCAGCAGAACUCAAUCAAUGGAUUUAACCACCAGCAAUACUAUCAUCCAGGUAAUUACUUAAAUCUCAGUGCAUUGUUUUUGGGGAAUUUUCUGUAG